UACACUUAUUCCUCCUCGCUCGAUGCCUUCUCCUCUGUUCUCCUCCCUUGCAGAGCUUCUUGUUGUUGAGCUUCUCAAUAACAUAAACACCCGUUGCAGCACUACCUGCCCCUUUCUUACAUUCAUUCCUUCCAACCCAACUAAUAAUAAUAUGAACAACUAAACAACAACAAUAUUAAUCUAUUUUAUUCUGUUCUUUGUUUCUCUCUCUUCUUUUUCUCUUUGUGCUCCAAUCAAUUAUUACACCUUUUAUCCCAUCAUCCUCCUUCUUCCACGCCUUCUCAAUUUGUUGCAGCAUGCUAUGCCCUCUUUUUUCCACACAAACACACAUAUCCUCUCUCUCUCUCCUUGUGACUUUUCUUUUUUACCACUUUCUGACAACUCCACUAUCUCUUCUGUUUUCGUUGCUUAUUCACAAGCAUGCAUAACAUGAACAACAAUUCAACUGCACAAAAUUGAUUCCACGCCCGCACAAAAAAGAAAAAAAAAACUAGCAAUAGGUAUGAACCUUUAUUAGUGUCGGUGUUUGAAGCAGCUAUGGUUGCCGAAGCUUGGAUUGUAAAGAUGGGAAACCAGCUAAGCUCCAAUCUCAAGCAUGCUCUUCUUCUAGAAACUUCCUCAACAAAGAGUAAAAAACAGAAUCAAAAGCGUAUAGAAAAUAACAACAAAGAGACCAUUGGCAUUCUUUCUUUCGAAGUAGCAACCGCGAUGUCAAAAAUGGUUCACCUUCACAAAUCACUUUCAGAUUCUGAGAUCUCAAAGCUCAAGAACGAGACAUUAAUCUCAGAGGGUGUUAGGAACGUUGUUUCCUCUGAUGAGAUUCAUCUCCUCGAGCUCGCUCUCGUGGAGAAGCUCGAGGAGCUGAACCAAAUCGCCGCUGUGGUUUCGCGGCUGGGGAAGAAGUGCUCUGUGCCUGCUUUGCAGGGAUUUGAGCAUAUUUACAGUGACAUAGUUAAUGGCGUGAUUGACAUGAAGGAAUUAGGGUUCUUGGUUAAGCACAUGGAAGGGAUGGUGAGGAAAUUGGAUAGGUAUGUUAAUGCAACAAGGAAUUUGUAUAGUGAAAUGGAAGGGUUGAAUGAAUUAGAAGAAGGUUUGAAGAAGUUUCAGAAUAAUCAUCACGAAGAAAGUAAGAGGGCUUUUGAGCAGAAACUCAUGUGGCAGAGGGAUGAUGUGAGGCAUCUCAAGGAUGUUUCGCUAUGGAAUCAGAACUUUGAUAAGGUCGUUCAGUUAUUAGCCAGGACGGUUUGCACCAUGUAUGCUAGGGUUUCUGUUAUCUUUGGCGAAUCUGCUUUGAAGAACAAUAGUUCUGUGAUUGGUGAAUCUUGCCUCAGUAGUAAUGUUCAUAUGAGUUCUAAGCGGUUGAUUCACAAUCAGAGCAAGAAAAAUGGAUUUCAUUCUGGUUCACUUGUGAAUUCAGUCAUGGAGAGAAAGGGGAGAAAGGGAGCCAGUAAUAGUACUAGCACUAGUAAGGCUCAAAUAGAAAUUAGUAGAGAUCACUUAGCGGCUCUUCGGCAUGAAGAGUUCGGUUUUGCUUGUGGAACUAGUCCAGGGAAACUUUUUAUGGAAUGUCUAAGUUUGAGUAGCAAAGUUUCAAAAUUUGAUGAUGAUGAUGAUGAUGAUGAUGAUGGUGGCUGUGGUUAUGUUAUUGGUUGCGAGGAUCAACAGAGUCACAUGUCAAGUUGUCACAACAGCAUUAAGCACAAGGGAUUCUGCCAUACCGAUGUUCCUUUCACCAGAGAUAGACAGGCAAAGUCUAGUACUCAGAAUUGCUCAACAUUUGGGCAGAAAAUUAGCUUAAGUCUUUAUGCGGUUCCUUCCACUCUUGGAGGGUCUGCUUUAUCCUUGCACUAUGCUAAUGUGAUAAUUUUCAUAGAGAAGCUGUUUCGUUACCCGCAUUUAGUCGGUGAGGAUGCAAGGGAUGACCUUUAUCAGAUGCUGCCAACAAGUUUAAGAUUAUCUCUUAAGGCAAGACUCAAGUCCUAUGUCAAGGAUUUGGCCAUAUGUGAUGCUACUCUUGCUCACAAAUGGAAGGGGAAUCUUGAUGGGAUACUUAGAUGGCUUGGGCCACUUGCACAUAACAUGAUCAGAUGGCAAAGUGAGCGCAACUUCGAGCAGCAUCAAAUUGUCAGCAGGACGAAUGUUCUGCUGCUUCAGACUCUUUACUUUGCUGACAGAGUGAAGAUUGAGGAACUGAUCUGUGAUCUUCUUGUUGGGUUGAAUUACAUAUGCCAUUAUGAACAUCAGCAAAAUGCGCUUCUUGAUUGCGCCAGAAGUUUUGAUUUCGAGGAUUGCUUGGAGUGGCAGUUGCAAUGUGGAGAGUCUUUUCUCAGUUGAAUCAAUAAACUGUCAAAUUUUAAGUCCUCAAUAUGGUGAGCACAUUCUUGAUUAAGAAUACUUUAUGAGGAUGAUAUAUAUUUCUGAAAUUUUCUCCCUGAGGACUAAUAUUGUUUUAAGAGAAAAAAAGGAAGAGGAAAGUAUUUGAUUGCAAUUUGACUUGUGCAGUUGUGCAGCACAUAUGCAGUCAUAUUAUAGAGGAGCAUAGAAAGUUAUGUCGAUCUUGUAAAAUUGUUUAUGUACAGAAUUGCUUGUUGCUUUUGUCA